AUUUUUUAACUGUUGUCUAUUAUAAACCCACCCCCGACCCGGCCAUUGCCAUCCUACUUAGGCCACAAUACGGCAACAUCAGUUUCCUUUCUCGGCAAGUAACGUUGCUGCCCAGUGCCCUCUCUCUAACAAUUCAAAUUACAAAAAAUGGAGGGAAAUAUAAAUUAGGCCGUUUCUCUUUCUGUUACCAAACAAUUGCAUGAACCAAAAGAAGUAGGAUUUCCAUGGCGGAAGCCUUAGGCCCUAAUCCAACGACGGACCACAAAAAGACGGUUCCCAUGUCCGCUCGUAUCCAAUCUCCGACGAGCCCUUUCUUCGUGGGCUCCAACAACGACCAGCUUGAACGGGCCCAGACCCGUGAAGCCCGCGCCGCCGCAAUCCGCCGCAAGCCCCUCGCCGCCAACUUCCACCCCCAACCAUCCCAUUCUCAUCCCUGUCUCAACAAACACCAGAUUCUCGACUUGUUCCAUAACUGCAUAAAACUUGCCUCCGAAAAUAAAAUUAAUCAGAAAAACACAUGGGAGUUGGAUUUGAUUGACCACCUCACUGAUAUUAUUAGGUCUGAAGAAGGGAAUCACGAGGAGACUAAUUUUCAAAUAGCAAGCUGUACACUGGAAGCUGGAGUCAAAAUAUACUCCUUAAGGGUGGAUUCGGUGCAUUCCGAGGCAUAUAAAGUCCUUGCUAGAAUGAAUAGAGCAGGCCAAGAUACCGAGGAAGACACUACUUUAGGGAGUUUUAAUGCUGAAAGUGGACAAGCAAGAAGGAAGGAAGUUGACAAAAAGUUCUCACCUUUAUCAACAUUGGAAUCAUCUUUUGAGGUUCUUAAUGUAAAGAAGUUUGACGUUGCAUUUGCUGUGGAUCCACUCUAUCGUCAGAUGUCAGCAGAAUUUGAUGAAGGUGGAGCCAAAGGCCUUUUGAUGAAUAAUCUUGGCAUAUAUGGUAAAUGUAGGUUGCUCUUCGAUUCACUAGAAGUGCCAGGGAAGUGCAUAACCAGUCAAAAUGAAAGUGAUAUUUCAGAUACAAUUGAUCUUUCUUUCGCCAGAGAUUGUGUUGAACAAAUGAUAUUGGACAUACAUACGAAGGGUGAAAUCUCUCCAACUCUGAGGGUGAUAGUAAAUCAAUUUGAUGAAAAUAAUAAAAGGCCUUCUGAUUUUCAAUCUUCUACUGAGAAAUCAGGUGAAGAGUUUGAUGCAGCUAUUGAUAGUGAACUUGCCACUGAAAAAGAAUAUGAGAACUUCCCCUCCUGGAGUAAUGAUCAUGAUAGUGAAGCAUUUCCUGCUGAAUGGGGCUCUGAUGAUGCAGACCCAACUUUUCCAAGUUACCAUCAGGAAAAAGAACCUUUUCAUUCCCAAGACCCUCCUGAUAUGGAUGACAUAUUUGAAAAUGUUGAUGGGUAUUUGUUUUUGAGUCUGGGUUUUAGGUCAAAGAAAAAUGCAUGGGCAGGCACUGAUCAUUGGAAGUUUCAAAAAGCUAAAGGCUCAGAAUCAGAGGUUCAUCGUGCUUCUGAGGAUGUGUUGGUCCAGAAAACCAGGCAGCCAGGGACAAAGAGACAAGUCGAAGUUGAUUUAGAUUUCACAAGUUUUGUCGAGAAAAAAAUAUCCGAUAUCUUUUCUCCUCCCAGGAAUCCCAAAUCAUUACAGCUACCUGAAAAUAUACCACCUUGCAUUACAAAACUUCCAGAGGACUGCCACUAUGAACCAGAGGAUCUUGUCAAUUUAUUUCUUUUGCCUUAUGUAAAGUGCAUUGGGAGGAAGGCAAGAAAGCUCUCAGGUGAAUUUGCAGAUGUAUCAGGAGAACAAUGCAAUAACUAUGAAUCAUUCCCUUCCUGGGACAAUGGAAGUGUUUGUGAUGAUGAUGUUACUGAUGUACAUAGUGAAAUGGAUGACUCUACCUCACUUAUUUCUCAGCCACGUCAGAUCAAUAAAGUUGAAGUCCAGUAUGACAAAACAUUCAAACAAGUCAAUGUUCAGGCUCUGAAAAUAACACUUUGGGACCAUAUUCAAGAAUCCGUUCAAGUUCCGAUUCAGGGUAAAAAAGAAGUGGUAUCUUUCAAGCACAUGUUGACCAACUUUCCUAGUAAAUGCAAUGCUGCUGCAACUAUUAGUGACAUAUCUCCACAUUUGUGUUUCAUAUGCCUAUUGCAUUUGGCUAAUGAGAAAGGAUUGAACAUCCAAAGCUGCCCCAACUUGGAUGAUCUUGGCAUAUGCCUACCUGAUGAUGGUGCCACUAUUACUGGAACAGUUUAGAUCUGCUUCACUCAAUUAUAUCUUCUCUUGAGGAAAUAGGAAAUAUUUUGACUAGUCUUUAUGUGCAGUUCGCUUGCUUGCUCUGAUGCUUUUAUUGUUUGCAGAAAAUACUAUAUUUUCUACCGCAUAUUAUCAGAAGAUUGUAAAUAGAAGGUUUUGGAUGUGAAACACUGAUAGGGUGAAA